GGCGGCGUCGCGCGGGAGGAGAUGCGGCGCGGAGCGCGGCGGGAUCCUUCCCGGAAGCGGAAGCUCGGGGGGCGGGCCGAGGAGGGCCGGGAGUCUGUGGCGGUUAAUUCUUUUCGCCGUGCGUCCUCGCUGCCGUGCGUCGGGGCUGCUGUUAGGCUGCGAGAGAUGGUCAGGUCCGGAACUCGAGCAGGCCAGGUGUCAUCUUCAGGAAGGCACACUGGACCUGCUAAAUUAACAAAUGGAAGGAAAGGGACCCAUUUAAGAAAAAUAGCACGUUUUAAUGCAGAUUCUGGCUAUCCCAUCCAUUCUGAUUCAGAAAGUCAGACUGAAACCGUACAAGGGCUUGACGGCUGUGCUUCUUUGCUGCGGGACAUUAUGAGAAAUGAAGAUUCAGGUACAGAAACAGCAUAUUCAGAAAAUAGAUAUAAUUCUAGAACUUUAGAAGGGAAAAGAUGCGGAUCUAAAAAAAAAGGACAGGACAAACAUACUAUUCCUUUAGUCCAGAAAGAAAUGUUAUCCUCAAAUAACAAGAAACAGAUACCCAAUGAAGCUUCCGCUGGAAGUAAAAGAAACACAUCAGACAUACCUCAAAAUUGGUCACUGCAGGAUCAUUAUAGAACAUACUCACCCAUAAUAUACCAAGCCCUCUGUGAACAUGUGCAGACUCAAAUGUCACUGAUGAAUAAUUUGGCCUCAAAGAACAGCACAAAAGGAAUCCCUGCUGUACCUUGCCAUACUGUGUCUGGUUCUGAAUCCCAGGCAACAUCACAGUCUAAUUAUGGCUUAUGUACCUCCAUUCCGGUCUGGUCAGCUCAGCAGCCACCAUGCCCUUCAGUGGUUCAUGCUGAAGUUCAAACCUGUGGUGACAACCAGUUUACAUCACAAGGCAGAACAGUUUCUGUGAACUGUAGUGGUGUUCCAAGGAAUUCACUGAAUACCAGUCCUGCACUUCCACGCAGCCUGCCCCUCACUGACAGAUCAGCUCUUCCAACAUUUCAGCAGCUGGGUCUUGCUAAUGGGAUUCUGCCACAACAAGGAGUUCCUAAGGAAGCAGACCUACUAAAGUGUUUUCAAACAUAUAUGUCUCUAUUUCAAUCUCAUGGAAAAGAAACUCAUCCUGACAAUCAGACAUACCAAAGCCCUACUCGAUCACAACAAGCUUUCUUGGCAAGUAGUGAAGACAAAGAUGCCAGAGAACAAAUUGGAGAGUCCACCAGUGAAGGAAAGGAUUUAAACAUACAUAAACAAGAUGCAAAAAUGGUCAAGGAUGUACAGAAGGCCAAAAAUGUGAAUCAGACUGCUGAAAAAGUUACAACUAUAAAGUAUUUUUUGGGAGAGCUCAAGGCCCUGGUAGCAGAACAAGAGGAUUCAGAAAUUCAGAGGUUGAUUACAGAAGUGGAGGCCUGUGUAUCUGAGCUUCCAGCUGUAAGUGGAAACACAAAUAUUCAAGUUGAGAUAGCAUUGGCCAUGCAGCCAUUAAGAAGUGAAAAUGCUCACUUACGAAGGCAAUUGAGAAUUUUGAACCAGAGACUUAGAGAACAAGAAAAGACAAAAAAGACAACUGGUUCUGUGGAAUGCAACCUUGAAUUGUUUUCUCUUCAGUCAUUAAACAUGUCACUGCAAAGUCAACUACAGGAGUCACUGAAGAAUCAGGAAUUACUACAAAGUAAAAAUGAAGAGCUCCUAAAAGUGAUUGAAAAUCAGAAAGAUGAAAACAAAAAAUAUACUAGUAUAUUUAAAGAAAAAGAUCAAACUAUACUUGAAAAUAAACAGCAGUUUGACAUUGAGAUAACAAAAAUAAAAAUUGAACUAGAGGAAGCCUUAGUUGAUGUGAAAAGCUCCAAAUUUAAGUUGGACACUGCUGAAAAGGAAAAUCAGAUACUAGGAAUAACAUUACGUCAGCGUGAUGCCGAGGUGGCUCGGCUGAGAGAGUUAACCAGAACCUUACAGAACAGUAUGGCCAAGCUGCUCUCAGAUCUUAGUGUGGACAGUGCGCGCUGCAAGUCUGGGAAUAACCUCACCAAAUCACUUCUGAACAUUUAUGAUAGACAACUUCAGCAUGAUCCAGCCCCUGCUCACACUUCCAUAAUGAGCUACCUAAAUAAGUUAGAAACAAAUCACAGUGUUGCACAUUUGGAACCACUGUCUACAAUUAAAAAUGAGGAAACGACAGAGCCAGAUAGACCUUAUGAAAAUGUUCUGCCAUCAAAAGGCCCUCAACCUAGAAACACUAGCGGCAGGGAAGAAGAACCUGCGUCUGGAAUUAUUUCUGCCCUUUCAAAGCAGGAUUCAGAUGCAGAGAAUGAAACUUUGACUGUAAUAGAAGAUGAAUGUAACUUGGAUAGUACAGUUUACAUUCCUUUUGUUAGAAGCACUUCUAAAAUGAAUUCACCACUUUCAAAGAGACUGUCCCCCCAGCCGCAGAUGAGUGUUGCUAUCACACAACUCGUCGGCAACAGUGGACUUGUCUCUGAAACAGAAAAGAAACUGUGUGCACAUGCAGUAACUUGUUCGUCAAGACAAGAAGUAGAAGAUGCACAUGAAAAACUUUCCAGAACAGCUGAUACGGAGGACAAACAGCUCCUGAAGAAAAUAAAGGAAGCAAUUGGUAAGAUCCCUGUUGCCAGGGAGGAUCCAGAGGCUACCUGUCAGGGCCCUUCAGCUUGUCACAAAAGCAGCAUUCGAGUGAAAGGCAGCACUGCCUGUGAUGGCAGUGUUCUCAAUUCUGACUUGAUGUCUGACUGGAGCAUCUCUUCUUUCUCAACAUUCACGUCUCUUGAUGAACAAGACUUCAGAAAUGGCCUUGCGGCAUUGGAUGCCAACAUAGCUAGACUCCAGAAGUCCUUACGGUCUGGUCUUCUGGAGAAAUGAACUAAGAAGAAAACUAAUUGAGUGCUUCCUCUUUUUAAGAUUAGAACUUGGCUACAUUGAAGGUAUAUUUUAAGUUUCUUUAGAGAAAUAAUGUUUAUAUUAAUUAUGUAUAAAUUAUAUGACUAAUAAAUCUAUUAUUGAACUCUUUUGACACUGUGGAGCUUACAAAAACAAAUCAGCUUAGGAAACUAACAACUUAAGUAAACUGUAGAUAACUAAGAAAGUAUUCUAAUGUUUUAAUUUAGUAUUUAGCAAUUAGAAUUAUUUUAUUAAAAUGUAAUUGCUGGGUUAAGGGUAUAGGUUGAAAAGAGUUUCUAUCCUAAAUUCUUUAGCUGUCCUAACAAAUAAAGGAAGAUAGUCUAUGGGUUCAGUUAAUUAUAUUCAAGCUAGUUUUUUUAUCUCAUGAUACUUAUUUGUUUCUUAAUGAAUAUUGUGUUUUUAUAUGGAUUACUCUGUACUACAGGCUAAUGUUGGGUGAGAUGUAUAAACAUUUGAAAGAUGUCAGUAUCUCUACCUCUUAAAAAUUUACUGUUUAUUGGCAAGGGGUAGGGGGUCAGCGUUGUUAUACAUCAGGUUAAAUUGCCACUUGUGACACCAGCAUCCUGUAUCAGGGUGCCGAUUUGAGUCCCAGCUGUUUCAUUUCUGAUACAGCUUCCUGCUUUUAUGCCUGAGAAGGCAGAAAAUGAUGUCUCAAAUACUUGGGCCCCUGCCAUGCAUACUGGAGACCUGGAUGGAGUUCUUGGCUCCUGGCUUUGGCCUGCUUCAAAUCAGUCUGUUGCAGUCAUUUGAGGGGAGGUCAGUGGAUAGACAAUCGGUCUUUAUCUCUCUCUCACUCUCUUAAAGAUUUAUUUAUUUAUUUGAAAGGCAGAGUUUCAGAGAAGUAGAGUCAGAGAGAGGGAGGUCUUCCAUCCACUGAUUCACUCCCGCAAUGGCCAGAGCUGAGCUGAUCUGAAGCCAGAAGCCUGGAGCUUCUUCUAGGUCUCCCAUGUGAGUGCAGGGGCCCAAGGACUUGGGCCGUCUUCCACUGCUUUCCCAGGCCAUAGCAGAGAGCUGGAUUCAAAGUGGAGCAGCCAGGACUAGAACCGGUUCCCAUAAGGGAUGCUGGCACUGCAGGCAGAGGCUUUCUCACUAUGCCACAGGCCCCCACCCCCCACCUUUCUCUAUCACUGUGCCUUUCCAAUAAGUAAGUUUUAAAAAGUACUGAUUUGUCCAGGAAAAUAUACAUAACAUCCUAAAUUAACAUAUACUUUCUUAAAAUUUUGGCAUUUUUAUUAUUUAUUUAGUUUGAAAAAGUUAGAAAGAGAGAGGGAGACAGAAAUCUUCCAUCCACUCGUUCACUCGCCAGAUAGCCGCAAGCCAGGAGCUUCAUCCAGGUAUCCUAUGUAUGUGGCAGGGACCCAGAUACUUAGGUCAUGUUCCACUGCUUUUCUCAGGCUGUUAGUAGGGAGCUGGAUCAGAAGUAUAGCAGCUGGGACUCGAAACAGCACCCAUAUGCAAAGCUGAAUGUUAUGCUGUCACUAAGUCUUUGUAUUCAGUACUUGGACAGAUUUCAUCAUUAAUGAGUGUUCUGCUGGUUCUAAGAUCUUUUUCAGCUAAUUUUUAAGGUGCUGGUACCACAACUUCUGAAAGGACCCAGUUACUUUCUCUUUCAUAUGUCCACGUUUUACAGAUAAAGAUUUUUGAAGUCCAAAAAUAUAAAAUAAAUUAUAACGUAUUUUCACAGAAUUGUUCGUUGACAUUUAAAAUUUUCUUGUUUUCAGUAUUCAUAAAUUAAUUCAUUGACUUUUUAUUUUGAGGUAAUAGGGCCAUACUCUCCUAAGUUCAGAAAUAGAAAAUAAUGAAGCAAGGGAGAAAAUAAUGUCACCUUUCUACUCCCAAAUAGCAACUGUUAUUCAUAUGCAGAAAUAAAUUCGUAAGAUUAUUAAAUGGUGAUUCUGAGCCUAUAGAAGAAAAACUAAUUUAAUUUCUUCUGCUAUGCACUCACAACACAGAUAACUCUAUGGUCCCAAAGUAUGUGGAGGUUUCCACCAGCAAGCAAGUGAUCAGUUCUGUAGUGGACCCUCACUGGGCAUUCUCCAGUUAAUUCUGACACUGCUUGAAGGGAACAUCAGAUCCCACAAGUUUGAGGACCCCAUCCCACCAGAUUGCCCCUACUUCAAACAUCAGUUGUAAGUCUAGCCCUGCAGAUCUUCUGACCAGCUGGCUACCAGUUGGGGUUCCCACAGCCCCCUUUUUAGGCUUGAUUAACUUGCCAAAGUGGCUCAUAGAACUCAGAGAAACACUGUUUACCAGUUGAUUAUAAAGGAUAUUUUGAAAGGUACAAAUAAGCAGCCAGAUGAAGAGAGAUGUGGGAUGUGGGCCAAGGUCUAGAAAGGUCCUGAGUGCAAGGGCUUCUGUCCCUGUGGGUCUGGGUUGCAUAUGGGGUACAUAUGGGUGACUUCUGGCUCAAGUGUCCAGAAGCUCUGAGAACCCUGUCUGUCAGGGUUUUUAUGGAAACUUCACUGCAUAAAUUUGAUUGAAGCCUGGACAACAGUGCAGAAAUGUGACUGGACGGAAGGAGUGUGUCUAAUGCUAAUGAACUAGGUUGGGAAAACCCAGCAAGGCCUGUCUGUCCAGAUUCCUCUUGGGCUCUCUGUGCAGCAUGUGUUCCUCCUAAGUAUGGGGCAAGAACCCUUCUGGAAUGGGAGUCUCAUGAUCUACUUUCAGGCAAGAUAGGUCAUAGAAGUUUUUUAUGGCCAGCUAUAAGACAGAAAGGGGGGUGGGAGGACAUUAGAGUAUAUUUUUAUACUUUGGCACACCUUAGGGAAGAGAAAUUCUAGUUUCUGUGACCUACCUUGGGAAGAAAAAGCAGUUGAGAGUAAGACAGGUUCAGGAAGAUUUUUCUUCCAAGGCCUAAAGCACCCCAACAUUACUAUAUUUUGACCUUUAUUGCUCUGAAGCUGCUUCAGGAACCAAGGACAAAAGGGCAUAGGCUUUCAUUUAGGCAGUAACAAGGGGUAUGAGAAUUAUGAGACUGGAAGCAUGAACAAAACCAAAAUACAUACAUAUAUUGUAAUAUAACAGCAAUAGGAGAAUAUAGUCCUGUUAAUUCAGGACAGGCAUCUUAUGUAUAAAGUAAGUUUAUACUCUAGUAAUAGAGUCUCCCAUGUGGGUAGCAGGGACCCAAGCACUUGAGUAUCUACUAUCCACAAGAUGCAUGUUAGCAGGAAGCUGGAUAGGAAGUGAAGGAACUGAGACUCCAAGACACUCCAAUAUGGGAUGCAGGCCUAAGAUGCCUGCCAAACGUCUGCCCCGUGCAACAUAAAUUUACAUGCUUAUGGGUUUGACUAAUUAGUAGUUAAUAACUUGAUUGAAGAACAAAUCAGCCUAAAAAAUUCCUUGAGUAACCUUCACCAGGAAGUUACUGUUUAUUUGAUACAGGGCAUGAACACCUAAGAGAAAUGUGGAAGAAUCGGGUUAAAUUUCAAGUAGAGCAUGACCUUGGCCAAAUGGAUGGAAUAGACAGUUUCAUGGAAGUUUAAAACAGAAGGAAGCCAAGAAAUAGUAGAGGAAGACCUAGAAGGGAAGAAACUUCAUUUUGAUCUUGAAUAAUGUAUAAUCCUCAAAUGUGAAUAUAAUUAAUCUUCAAAAAUGACUAUUUUUAAAUGUUUACCUCAUAGAAAGUGUGAUCAAAACAUGGGGACUGAUUGAGUCUGGUAUAUUAAGAGGAUGGUGAUAGGUGACCUUGGUUGAAAAAAAGGUGUGGAGAGGGGGUAAUAAUAAAUGAUGACACAAUUAGAAUAUCUUGAACUCCGUGCCACGGAAUAGCCAUUGAACACUGGGAAGUUGUUGAAGUGUUUGGGUAUCUUUGGUGGUGGUGUUGGGAUUUUUGUUUUUAAAUUAAGGAUCACCAGAUGAAAUUGGGUGUUCUUAAAAUUUCAGAGUGAUGAUAAAUAGGAGGGAUUAGGAGAGGCAUAUGAUAAUCCUUUGACAAUAAAGGUGGAAAAGGAGGGGCAGAUUGAAGAUCAUUUUUAAAUAGGUCUGAUGAGUUAAUAGGAAAUAAAAGAGAAGGAAAAACUAAAGAUGACACUAAGAUCCCCAGUUUGAGAGAGAUUGAGCAAUGUCUGAAAUGAAAACUGAGGGAAAACAUUUGGCACAGCAGUUAAGAAGCCACUUGGGACUCCUGCACCUCCUAUUGGAGUCCCUGGGUCUGAGUCCAGCCCUGCUCUAGAUUCCACCUUCCUGCUAAUGUGCAACCUGGGUAGCAGCGGUGAUGGCUCAAGAGGUUGGGUUGCUGACAGCCACGUGGAAAAUGGAUUGAGUUCUUUACGGGUUCCUGCUUCAUUUGGGGAGUGAAGUAGUAAUGGGAGAUUUCUCUGAUUUCUAUCUCUUUGUCUCUACUACCUCUCAAAUAAAUUAAUUUUUAAACAUAA